AUGCGAAUAUUGUUAGGCUUGUUAAGUGUUGCUUAUGCAUCGGUUGUCCGUUAUGGUUCUCAUAUAAGUCUAAUUCACGUGCAAUCGGACCAUCUUUUGAACAGCUUGACCAAGAUCCAGUGGGCGCAUGGCGGUCAAAUCGUUACCGGGAUUUCGAAGGGGUCCGACAACGAAGUCGUCGGCUCUGCAACCUGGAUAGUUAGAGCACCCGUCAAAAACACGGCCACUCUCUCUGCCAAGAAGCUACCCUACUUCACCACUCAACCAGGGGUGCCGAAGGAGAGUAAAGAUGUCUUUGCUGCGAAACCAGCAGGCACGCCAAUACGGUGCGGGGAUGAAGUCAAAAUGGAGCAUGCGGAAUCCGGCUUGAUCCUAAGUGUGCUUGACCAGAAGUCACAAAUAACUCGCGGACUGGAAGUCGUCGGGCUCUCAGCUGAUGACCGCGAUGACACCUUUGUUGUGGAAUGUGCUCAGGACCAUUGGGAUACUAAGGCCCCGGUAAAGUUCCGUCUGAACGGCGAGUACCUCAGCUCCGAUUCAAAAGCAAUGUAA